CCGCGCGCUCCUCCGCUCGCUCGCGCCGAGGAAAACGUUGCGCAGGUUCAAAAAUGGAACGUCGUCGGCGUGAGGGAGCGCGAGGGGGUGUGCGCGCGUGCGCGUGCGCGUGCGCGCCCGGGCGAGGGUGACCGGGACCCCGCCGCCGGCCCGAGCAUCGCGCGCCGCAGCCGCGGGCCCGCAGCUCCGCCCCCGGCCCGGCCCGGCCCGGCCCCGGGCCCGCUCGUCCGCCGCCCCGCAUGGAGCUGUCAGCCAUCGGCGAGCAGGUGUUCGCCGUGGAAAGCAUCCGGAAGAAGCGCGUGCGGAAGGGUAAAGUCGAGUAUCUGGUGAAGUGGAAAGGAUGGCCCCCAAAGUACAGCACGUGGGAGCCAGAGGAGCACAUCCUGGACCCCCGCCUGGUCAUGGCCUAUGAGGAGAAGGAGGAGAGAGACCGAGCGUCGGGGUAUAGGAAGAGAGGUCCGAAACCCAAGCGGCUUCUGCUGCAGCGGCUGUACAGCAUGGACCUGCGGAGCUCCCACAAGGCCCAGGGCAAGGAGAAGCUCUGCUUCUCCCUGACGUGCCCACUCGGCAGCGGGAGCCCCGAGGGGGUGGUCAAGGCGGGGGCGCCUGAGCUGGUGGACAAGGGCCCCUUGGUGCCCACCCUGCCCUUCCCGCUCCGAAAGCCCCGAAAGGCCCACAAGUACCUGCGGCUCUCACGCAAGAAGUUCCCGCCCCGCGGGCCCAACCUGGAGAGUCACAGCCAUCCACGGGAGCUCUUCCUGCAGGAGGCACCGGCACCGGACGUCCUGCAGGCAGCCAGCGAGUGGGAGCCUGCUGAGCAGCCCCCCGAAGAGGAGGCAGAUGCAGACCUGGCCGAGGGACCCCCUCCCUGGACACCCGCGCUCCCCACAAGUGAAGUGACAGUGACAGACAUCACCGCCAACUCCGUCACCGUCACCUUCCGCGAGGCCCAGGCCGCUGAGGGCUUCUUCCGAGACCGAGGCCGAGACCGAGGCCGAGACCGAGGCCGCAGCGGGAAGUUCUGAGUCCCCGUUUUUACUUCUUAGACUGUUUUCUUUUGGGCUUGGGGUGGGGACUUCCAGAGGGGAGGAGGGGUCUAGGGAGGGUAAUUAUUUUAUUUAAAAAUACGAAAUAGGAGGGGGAAGAUCCCAACACUCUCCCACCAUCCUCCCCUUGCUCUGUGGGGGAUGUUUACAGAGAGGCCUCCGGGUCUGUUUCUGGCAGGGGUGGGUACCUGGCACUGCUCUGUCAGUUUGGGUACCAUCUCCAGAGCAGAAUGGGGACAGGGCCACCCCUGCACACCUCCAUCACCCUUCUCCCCAGACACAGAGCUGGCCCUGGGAACCAACCGCAGGAGUCCAGCCUCCCCCUCACGGCGCCCAGCCCUGAGGCUGAUUUUGCCUUUGCCUCUCUGGCAGAAAGGGGUCUGUAUUUUUAUCUUUGCACUCCAGCUUGCGGUGGGAUGGCGGCUCCUUUGCCCAGAGGGAGGGUCAGAGAGAAGGGCCAAAGGAAGGGGUAGAGAUGGCUGCAGUGUCCUGAGUCCGUACCCUUCAGAGAGCCUCUACUUUCCCUGGGGCAGCUGCCAGCUGAGGCCUCCUGCUGAGAGCUUCCCCAGUCCCACCCUGCCCUCCUGCCCCGUGAGUGUGUUCAUGUAACUGCAGACGUGUGCGAUGGGUCCUGCAAAUCUCCUGUUUAGAAACCUUAUCAGGUGAAUGUGAGGUGAUCACAGCACAAAAGAGCUUGUCACGGGCACCACACACUCACCCCACCUGGCAUAGCCCAUCACGUGACCAGAUCUGGCCCUACUCCGCUCUUUGUUUGCUGGAAGCUGUCGGCAGGGGUCUGGCAUGGCAGAUGUCCUCUGCUGCUCUGGGCAGACGUGUGUGGCUUCGCCCGGCAGGCAUGGGAGCGUCUGCAGGUGGGCCUGCGCUUCCUCCUGGGGGCUCUGUUCUCUCUGACUCAGGUGACCUUUCAGCCCUUCCCACUCCCCUCUUCUGCCCUCCCCUCAGCUCAGCCAAUGGUGGGUGUGGGUGGUCAGGGAGGGAGGGAGUCCCACCACCUUCUCAGGGCAGCCUUAACUCCCUCCAUCCCUCCUCCUUGCAUCCUGUGCCCCCUCUGCACCCCACAUGCCGAAGCUGGGCUGGCCUGUGUUCUGUGGUGGGGCCUCUGCCGUGUCUUCCUGCAGUCAGGGUGCGGGGGGAGGGGGGGGCGGGAGGGAGGAGGGGCAGGCUGUGCACAAGCCCAGGCCGCCUCCAGCACAGGCUGUGUCUGCCAGCGGGAGGGCACUCGCUUUCUAGUUUGCACCAAUGUGCCCUGUGGACUGGUAACUCCCCUGGCAGUGAGGAGUGGCUUCCGCCCCAUCCCAGCCCUGUAGGCAGAAAAGGCCACAA